AUGCCACCCAAAACGGUUAACGUUCGGGUGUUAACUAUGGAUGCUGAAUUGGAGUUUGCCAUUCAGCCAAAUACUACUGGAAAACAAUUAUUUGAUCAAGUUGUUAAAACCAUUGCACUUCGGGAAAUAUGGUUUUUUGGAUUACAAUUUACUGAUAGCAAAGAUUUUCCCGUAUGGUUAAAAUUAAAUAAAAAGGUUUUAAGUCAAGAUGUAAAAAAACAACAACAACCAUUACAAUUUCGAUUUCGUGCGCGAUUUUUUCCAGAAGAAGUAUCUGAAGAACUGAUUCAAGACGUAACACAAAAAUUAUUUUUUUUACAAGUUCGAGAUUCAAUAUUAAUGGAUGAAAUUUAUUGUCCACCAGAAACAUGUGUAUUAUUAGCAUCGUAUGCAAUGCAAGCAAAAAAUGGUGAUUAUAGUGAAGAAUCACAUAAACCAGGAUCCCUUGUUCACGAACGAUUGUUACCAAAACGUGUAAUGGAACAAUUUCAAUUGUCACCUGAUGAAUGGGAAAAACGUGUUAUUAAUUGGUGGAAAGAACAUCGUGGAAUGUUAAAAGAAGAAGCCAUGUUAGAAUAUUUAAAAAUUGCCCAAGAUCUUGAAAUGUAUGGUGUAAAUUAUUUUGAUAUUAGAAAUAAAAAAGGAACAGAAUUAUAUCUUGGUGUUGAUGCACUUGGAUUAAAUAUUUAUGACAGAUCCGAUAAACUAACGCCAAAAAUUGGUUUUCCAUGGAGUGAAAUACGAAAUAUUUCGUUUAAUGAUAAAAAAUUUGUUAUUAAACCAAUGGAAAAGAAGGCACCGGAUUUUAUAUUUUAUGCUCCUCGUUUGAGAAUCAAUCGUCGUAUAUUAUCGUUAUGUAUGGGUAAUCAUGAAUUAUAUAUGAGAAGACGUAAACCAGAUUCAAUUGAAGUUCAACAAAUGAAAGCACAAGCAAAAGAAGAAAAACAAGCGAGAAUAACGGAAAAAGAACGUAUUCAAAAUGAAAUUGAACGUCGUAAAAAUGCCGAACGUGAAAAAGAAAUGUUAAAACAAAAAUUAAAAAGUUUAGAAGAACAAGCAGAACAUGCUAAACGAGACGAAAAAGCCAAUGGUUCUGCCUAUUCUGACGUUGAUGAGGACAGUGACGACGAGCGAGCAUCAUUGGAUGAACAAAGUCGUUUAACGAAAGAAUUAGAAGAAAAACGUGCACAAGCAGAAGAAGCACGUUCACGUUUAGCACAAGAACGUCAUGAAGCAGAAGAAGAACAAAAACGAAUGAUGGAUCGUAUGCGUUAUGAACAAGAAGAAAAAGAAAAAAUUGUACAAGAAAUUGAACAAGCUAGACGACAUGCUGAACAAAAAGCUUAUGAAGCCCAACAAAAAGAAAUUGAAGCAAGACGUCUUGAAGAAGAAUUAUUAGAAGCAAGAAAAAAAGUAAUGGAAACAAUGAAUUCUGGUAUGAGUAAUGCUUAUAAUCAUCCACUUGGCGAAUUUAAUAAUGAUGAAGAUGAAAGUGAUGAUGAAGAUAACAGUAGCAGUCGAAAUGGAAGAGGAGUUGAAUUACAAACUAAUGAACAUGCGUCAAGACAUGAAGAAGAUCGAAUUACAGCAGCAGAAAAAAAUCAAAAAAUGCAACAACAAUUAAUGGCAUUAAAAAAUGAAUUAGGCAGUGUUCAUAAUCCACAUAAAGCGACAGAAAACGAUCGUUUACAUCAGCAAAAUGUGGCAUCUGGCCGUGAUAAAUAUAAAACAUUAAAAAUGAUUCGACAAGGAAAUACAAAAAAACGAAUAGAUGAAUUUGAAUCAAUAGAUCAAAAUUUUCGUUUUUUUAUUCGAAAACAAAAAAAAAAAAAAUUUAAAAUUGGCCGUGUCGAUUCAUUAUCGUUAAAUGACAGACGAGAUUUAGAUAGACAAAAGCGCAAUGAUAAACAGACGGCUGAAGAUAUUAUUUAUCGUGAAAAUUUGCAAUCAAAGGGUAUUGAUAAAUAUAAAACAUUGAAAAAAAUUCGCGACGGGACAGUGAAACGUCGUAUCGAUCAAUUUGAAGCUAUGUAA